GGGCUGACUCGUCUUUGCGGCGUUGGCGGCGGGAGAGACGAUGAAGCUUGUGCUUCUUGCCGUGUUUGCCCUGGUGUCUGUGGCUCACUGCGAGGAUGGUGCCAGGCUCCUGGCCUCCAAAUCCUUGUUAAACAGAUACGCAGUGGAGGGCAAGGACUUGACUUUGCAGUACAACAUCUACAACGUUGGCUCCAGCGCUGCCCUAGAUGUGGAGCUGUCGGAUGAUUCCUUCCCCCCAGAAGAUUUUGGCAUCGUCUCUGGCAUGCUUAAUGUCAAGUGGGACAGGAUUGCUCCAGCGAGCAACGUGUCCCACACCGUGGUCCUACGGCCUCUCAAAGCUGGGUACUUCAACUUCACCUCUGCCACCAUCACGUACCUUGCACAGGAGGGUGCACAGGUUGUGGUUGGCUUCACUAGUGCUCCCGGGCAGGGAGGAAUCCUGGCUCAGCGUGACUUCGACAGGAGGUUCUCCCCUCACUUUCUGGACUGGGCGGCAUUUGGCGUGAUGACCCUGCCGUCCAUCGGGAUCCCCCUGCUGCUCUGGUACUCGAGCAAGAGGAAGUACGACACCCCCAAGACCAAAAAGAACUGAGCAGAGUCAAAUGCCACCAGCAGCCCAGAGCUCAGGAAAGGACAACCCUGAACCGCCAAGAACAGCGGCUGGAUCGGGAUGGCACCGUCCCCUGAGAGGAGCUGCCUGUGCCCCGCUUUCAGCCCUCUCGGCAAAGGAUUCCGUGGCUGCAGCAGCAGCAGCAGCAGCAGCGAUGAGGUGUUCUCUGUGUUCUAGUGGAGAAACAAGCAAACAGAAAAAAGAGCAACCAAAAGUCCCAGACUGCCUUGUCCAGCCCCUUUGGAGGCGGAACCCCUCUCUCCCCUGCAGCUGCAGCAAUCCAUACCUAGGAGCAGUGUGUCAGUGCCCAGGGGGGCCUGUCUGUGGGGCUCUGGCCCCUGUGCUGCCUCCAGCUCUCAUUUGCCUGCUGCAGGUUUCUGCAGGGUGUCAUAUCUCGGGGUCCUCUCCGGGUGCUGCCUGCCCUGUGGGACGGAGCUUGCUCUGGUCCCACCACAGACCUGAUUCGAUAGAGCAUGUCAGAGCUGCUGCUUUGCCCAAAUGGCGCACUAAGGGAGGUCCCUGUUAUGGUGUUCUUAGGGUAGCUUUUAUGUGUUUUGUUGAGCAGAGAACUGUUUUUUGUUGUUCUGCACAAAGUUGAGCUAUGUCAAGGUAUUGAUAAUUUUGUAAUAAUAUAAAAGGAACACCAUGACAGAA